AUGAAGUCGGUUAUUCUUUUCUCACUUUUGGCAUGUGCCUGUGCUGCACCUUUGGCGAUGAUCGGUUCGCACUCGCACCCCUAUAUGACUGGCCAAAGUCACUCUUACUACCCCACGAGUUACGACCAGGGACUUGGGUAUCAUCAUCAAUAUCCAAACACCGUGUACCCAUGGAUUGGUGUACACCAUCAAAGUCAACUUGCCCACCAAUACAUUUCAACUCCUGUUGAAGCACUCCAGCUACUCCACCAGAUUGAACAACACCUUCAUCAUAUUCAACAGCACCUUGAAGAAAACCAACACGUAUAUGAACCUUCUCAAUGGCAAGAAUACAUGCAGGUCGUUGCAGGGUACAUAAAUGAAGUCCAACAACUCCAAGUGAACAUUCAAACAUAUGUCCAAGAAGACCAGCCGAUUCCCAGUGAGCAUCAGUCCCACAUAGUCCAGUUGCAACACCAAGUCGACAUCCUGAACCAAGAAAUCCAUACUGUCCACCAACACCAAGGUGUUGGAUACGGCCAAGGUGUUGGACACAAUCCAGGUUAUGGAUUCUCAUUCCAUCUUCAAAAGGCUUUCCCAUUCUACCAACAGCAUCAUUACCAGUACCAAUCUACGAUACCUGGAUACCCUGUUGGAAGUGGAGUCCACUACCAAAACUCAUUUCAAUUGACUCCACCUUACCAUCAUUAUGCCCACGAAGAUUUUCAUCAUUAUCCAACCGGCGAACAUGUUGUUGUUUAA